GGCACAGGAAGCGGAAAGCGGCAGCAGCGACGGCGGCCGCCGCCGGGGAAGGUGGCGGGGAGCGGCGCGGCGGCGGAGGGUCGGGUCGGUGCCGGCGGCAGCAUGGGACGGCUGCGGGAGGGAGGUCAAUCGUGAGAAGCCAAGCACCCUCCCUCCCCUCCCCUCUGAUCAGAUUCCUUUUAAGUGAAGCUCGCUGAAUCUCUGGGACCAGAUCUCACCGAUGACUGGGAAGCAAAGAGUACCCAGGAAAGCACUUUUACCACGGACUCCACCUCAGGAGCACCAGGAACUCAUCUUCUAAAUAAAACCUGUGCCCCUUCCGUGCGCACCCGAUGUCUGCUGCAAUGGAUACAGAAUCAACAUAUUCGGGAUACUCCCACUACUCAGGUCACUCCAAAAAAGCUCACAGACAAGGGAGCCGGGACAGACACAAAUCUCCCCGAAGCAAAGAUGGCAGUCGGUCUGAGAAGUCCGUCACUAUCCAGACACCUCCUGCAGAGCCGCUGCUCGGGAAUGACGCCUCUCGGGCCGAGGAGGGCCAGGAUGACAACUGGGGUGAGACCACAACGGCAAUCACAGGCACCUCUGAGCACAGUAUUUCCCAGGAGGACAUUGCCCGGAUCAGUAAGGAUCUGGAAGACAGCGUUGGGUUGGACUGCAAGCGUUACCUGGGCUUAACAGUGGCAGCUGUUCUCGGACUCCUAGUCUUCCUCACCCCCAUUGCCUUCAUUCUGUUACCCCAGAUCCUGUGGCGAGAUGAUCUGGAGCCAUGUGGUACUGUCUGUGAGGGACUGUUCAUCUCUGUGGCGUUUAAACUCCUCAUUCUCCUGAUCGGGACCUGGGCUCUUUUUUUCCGCCAGCCCAAGGCAGACCUACCGAGGGUGUUUGUGUUUCGGGCCCUUCUGCUGGUCCUCAUAUUCCUCUUUGUGUUUUCCUACUGGCUCUUUUACGGCGUUCGCAUCUUGGACUCGAAGGACACCAACUACCAAGGGAUAGUGCAGUAUGCCGUGUCUCUGGUGGAUGCCCUGCUCUUCAUCCACUACCUGGCCAUCGUGCUGCUGGAGCUGCGGCAGCUGCAGCCCAUGUUCACCGUCAAGGUGGUUCGCUCCACGGACGGAGAGUCGCGAUACUACAGCCUGGGACCCCUCAGCAUCCAACGAGCUGCACUGGUGGUUCUGGAAAAUUACUACCGAGAUUUCACAGUCUACAACCCAGCCUUGUUAACAGCCUCCAAAUCCCGAGCAGCCAAGCACAUGGCUGGCCUGAAAGUCUACAAUGUUGAUGGCCCAGGUAACAACGCGUCGGGGCAGUCCCGGGCCAUGAUCGCGGCCGCCGCCCGGCGCAGGGACUCCAGCCACAACGAGCUCUACUACGAGGAGGCCGACCACGAGCGCCGCGUGAGGAAACGCCGCGCCAGGCUCGUGGUUGCAGUAGAAGAGGCUUUCACUCACAUCAAACGCCUCCAGGCAGAAGAACAGCAGAAAGCUCCAGGAGAGAUGAUGGACCCCCGAGAAGCAGCCCAGGCCAUCUUCCCCUCCAUGGCGAGAGCUCUGCAGAAGUACCUUCGCACCACGCGCCAGCAGCAGUACCACAGCAUGGAGAGCAUCUUGCAACACUUGUCCUUCUGCAUCACCAACAACAUGACACCAAAGGCAUUCCUGGAGCGUUACCUCAACCCAGGCCCAACCCUCCAGUAUGACAGGGAUCGCUGGUUCUCCAAGCAGUGGACGCUGGUCAGCGAAGAAGCGGUCACGAGCGGCUUACAAGACGGCGUCGUGUUUGUCCUCAAGUGCUUGGACUUCAGCCUUGUUGUUAAUGUGAAAAAAAUCCCCUUCAUCAAACUCUCAGAAGAGUUCAUAGACCCUAAAUCUCAUAAAUUUGUCCUCCGCUUACAGUCUGAGACUUCAGUCUAAGGGAUUUUGAGGGUGGGUUGUUGGGAGAUUUUUAUUUUUGUUUUUUUCAAUAUCGUGCUUUUUGGGUUUAAUUUCCCCAAUGCUGACUGAAACUGGCAGAUGAUGGACCAGUAAUAUUUGACCAUCUGCACUUUAUUUGGAAAGGGGAGGGGGGAGUUGGGAUAUCUUAUCUAGGAAGAAGUAUCUUAAGAGGCAGCAGGGCGGUUUGGCUCAGUUAGCUCAGCCUUGGAGACAGAACAGAUUUUUUUCUUUGCCCCUCUUUCCAGGCAUCCUGUAAAUCUCACGCUCUCUUUCUCUGCACGGCUGCAGUGUCAGAGUUGUUGCUGGAGCGCUGCCUUACACCGUGCAUGCCUGCACUCUUGUGUCUCUGCCUUUGCCACCUGUGGCUGCUCCUGAGGGCUCAUUGCUCACCUGUUCCCCACAGGAAUCUCCUGGCACAGGGUGCCACAGUCCCUGCUCACUUGGGGAGGAGGGGAUAUCAAAGGUUGGGGGUGUGAGGGGACUUCUACUCUUUAUUCUUCUUCUCCUCCUUGCCAUGUGCCUCUUCUGUCAGUGCCAGACCUCUAUGGGCAUAAUGGGAUGGUUUCACCCUCUGUGAAAGUGCUUGUCUUGAACUGGAUCAGCCCAUUUGCAGCUCUUCAAUUUUGUUUUUUCCUUAAUCAGUGCUUGUUAGUGUAGUUGUUCUUCAUGUCACAGCUCCCUGUUACCGCUCCCCAGCUUCUCUCUGUCCUGCUUGUCAGCAUCUUUCUCAGGCAGGCCCAGGGUUUCCUUUUUCUGUGUCUCCUCUGUCUGGCUUUCUGAAUGUUUCUCCAGGCACUGCUGCUUCCUUUUGCACCUGCAAGGGCUGUGUGUUUGCACUGGGACAGGGUCAGUAGUAGCUGGCUCCUCCUGAGAUAAAUCACAGACCCUCCCUACGUCUGACAGCCUCUUUGAGGGGAAGGGGGUGCAGGCAGGAAUGUGCCCCUCCCUCUCUAGCCAGCUUCAAGUGUGUCUGGAGAAAAGAGGUGCAAAAACACUUCCCUCCUUCAGGAGAGGAGCCAGGGAAAGGCUGACCUGUGCCCCGUUCACUUGCUUUGGAGAACUGUUGUGCUCUGGAAACACUGCAGUCCUUCCCCCACCGUACGCCUUCAGCUGUAGCUCAGAAAUACCAAACAAUGCCUGAAUGUUGAAAAUCUGCCUGCCUUUCUUGGCCUUGCUGUACUGUGGGAGUUUCUGCUCUGCGUUGGGAUCUGCUUCUGAGAGAUGCAGUUUUGUUUGUGAGGCUGCCUUUGCCCACCAGUGCAGCUUUCGUGUGUGAAUUUAGUCACCUGAAUUUGGAAGGUUUGUUUUUAAUGGUGAGCCUAAAUUGGUGUCUGAAGUCUGAUUGCCAGCACAGAGCAUGGAGUGUCUGGAGCCAGCUGCAAGGCUGGCAGUGACCUGAAGGUCCCUUGAGAAUCACGUGAAUGUAAAUUAUCAAUUUAUUCUGCUCAGUCUUUUGCCAUGCAAAUAUUCGUUAUCGGGCAGGAUCUGGCCUGCCCUCCGUAUGGAUGUGUUAACCAAGAAGGCCCUAAUUCCAGCAGUGUGUAAGUCAGUGCCUUUCAUUGCCAGCCUGCACGGUCUUCUGAGGAGAGCUGUGACAGCCCCUCAUGUUCCUUUUGGCCUUUCCCAGCCCUUCUCACAGCAGGCAUGGGCUGGGAAAGGCCAUGUGGCUGAUGUCCACAGGGAGCAGCCACUUUAAACAGGGGUGCUGGGAACAGGGCAGGAGGGUCCAUCCUCUUCCAGCUUCAGCAGCAGUGGAGAGGCAUGUCCAACAGUUCUCUUGGGAUCAAGGGAGCACCCUUGUGAGUGAGGGUCCAAAGUGAUGAUUCCCCAUCCAAGUGACACCUGCAGUUUCCUGCGUUUUUCUUACAAGCACGUGGUAAUCUUCUGGAUCCUUUUUAGUCUGUGUAAAAUGUGCCCGAUGUGGUUGUAAAGAAACUGGAUGGCAUGGCACUUGAUGGGAUUAUGCCCUUUGCC